ACAAUAUGUCACUCUGUGUUAGGCUCUCAACAGGGCUAUACGUAUUACCUCUACUUCUUCGUUGGCUUCUAUGUCAACAUUUUAGUGGUUGAGAGCUUGAUGAUGGCUAUAGCUAGUGUUGUCCCUAACUUCCUCAUGGGUGUUAUUGUGGGAGCUGGGAUCCAGGCCAUCUUCAUAUUGAUUUGUGGCUUCUUCCAGCUUCCUAACGACAUCCCCAAAAACUUCGGGAGAUACCCGAUCACCCACAUCAGCUUCUAUUAUUGGUCAUUUCAGGGCCAAAGCAAAAACCACUUUCAGGGCUUAGUAAUCAACAACGAGAGCCUUUUCUUUCGAGAAUUUCGAAAGAUCUCAGGCGAUUACCUUCUUCAGAAUAUACUUCAAAUCAACGUGCACAGGUCUAAAUGGGUGGAUUUGGCCGUUACCUGCAGUAUGGUUGCCAUAUAUCGCAUUAUUUUCUUCGUCAUGAUCAAGAUCAGUGAUGACGUAACUCCAUGGGUCAGAGGCUACAUUGCGAGGAGAAGGCUAGAGAAGGUGAAGAAAAAAAAUUGAAGUGGUGCAUGGCUGGACUUUAUUAAUAGAUCUUGUUAUAGGACUACUCUUAAGGCAAUGUAGUAGAGCCAAAAUUCUUCAGCUUUAGUCCAAAACUCUUUAGGUUUUAUUAAUAGAUCUUUGAAAUAAGUCUGAAUAUUUCAUAAUAAUCAAUGUAAUGUUUUUAACUAAUUCUUGGUGAUUGCUUACUCUAUCCAGUGAG